AUGCUUUAUCCAAUCGUUGGAUAUUCAAAUUAUGCUUCUAUAUUAUGGCGUUUACAUUAUGCUAAAUUAAAAUUUCAUCAAACAGCUCCAUUACCAUUCGAUAGAGCUCAAGUUCAACCACAAACAGAGUUAUUUUGUUAUGUUAUAAAACAACUUAAUUCUCGUGACCUUGCAUUUAGUUUAGUUGGUAUUGCACGUAAUGUAAAACAACGAAUUACCGCAAUUGAAGAAUCAUUAGCUGAUUUAUUAAUAUGGAAUAUAUUUGAAACAAAUAAAAUUCAAGAUUUUGAAGGUCAAUUACAUUUAUGGACUGUAACAGCACAUAUUGUAUUAGUUUAUGUACAAAAUGUUUGUAUAGCUUUAAGUGGUAUUCUUAAUACAAUAAAUAUAAAGAUUGCAUCGUUUCCUGGAUCUAUCUAUGGUACUGGUAGAGAUUGGCUUAUGUGGUUAAUUGGACAAAUGCUUUGUCACGUUUUAAAUAAAAAUCAUGUUAAAUCUACUUGGUCAGAUUAUCUUGUUUUACUUGAUCUUAUUCGAACACUUUAUUCUGAUAGUCAACCAAUACCUGAGCCAGAUUAUCGUGAUUUUCAAUCAGUUGUUUCAGUAGCAGCUGCAUCAAAUUGGUAUUUUUUAACAACACGUGUUAUACCAGUUAUAGCUGCAUCAACACAAUCAAAUUCAUUACCACAAUAUCAAACACCAAAUGCACUCUAUCUUCAUGUUGAAGCUUUAAAAUCAUUGGAAGAUCGUAAAUUAUCAUCCAUUGAUGAUUAUCGAUUUUACAUUAGUUGGAAUAUAGUUGGUAAUGAUACAAAAUUAAAUUCUCCUUAUAUGGAUACUUUAUUUAAAGUUUAUAUACUUAAUACUUCACAAUCAAUUCCAGCAAGUCAUAUGAGUCAUAAUGUAUUUGGACCAUCGGAAGGUAUACCAUAUCGAUCAUUAGAUGCAAUGAGUGCACAUGUUAAAUGUCUUAUUGCAAGACAAUAUUAUAGUGAUAUAAUAUCAAAAAAUUUAUUUAAUCCAACACAAUGGUCAAUGGUAUCACCCGGUGGUGUUGAAUCAUUUGCACGUUUAUUAGCAUAUCCAGAAGUUGAACAAGAUCGUUUAAAAGAAUUACUAAAUUUAACAGAUACAAUUAUAAAUAAAAAUUGGUAUUUAGGUGCACAUUUAUUAGCAGAAUUAUUUACAUUUCGUCUUCAUCGUAUACCAACAUCAAUACGUGCACAAUUAUUACAACAAUUUUCAGGUAUAUUAGCAUCACCAUUACAUGCUGGUCAUCCACAAUUACAUUGCGCAAUACAAAAUCUUUUACUUAAUCUUAUACUUCAAUUUAAUUGUACUGAUCUUUAUAAUCAAGUACCAAAAUUAAUUGAUUCAAAAAUGUUACAAUCCGUAUUUACAAAGGAAUCUGAAGAAAUCAAUAAAGUUUUUAUUUUAUGUAUUGCUCGAUCGUUUAUUGUUACUGGAUCAGAAUCAAUGCCUGUUCCAUGGUGUACAGAGUUUUUAACUCAGAUUCUGCAAAUAACACCACAUGGAUGGUCAGCAUCAACAUUAGAAACUAUGCCAACAUUUAUGGCUGAAUGGUAUCGAGCUCAUCCAAUUAAUGAUAUUUAUAGAGAUAUACGAGCACGUGUUGAUGAUGAUUAUAAAAAAUUAACAAACUCAGCUUCAUUGGCAAAUGAACAGGAAAUUGUAAAACAUUUUAGUCAACCAACUAAUACAACUUGUCUUUGUGUAUUUCUCAAAUUGACUAUUGAAGAUCGUCCAUUGCGAUCAUAUAUAAAUACAUUUUAUGAAAUUUUUAAAAAUCUUCUUACACGUUCAAUGAAUGGUCAUUAUCGUACAUUAGCUGAAUAUAUAUUACGUGAAAUAACAUUACAACAAAAUCAUAGUCAAACCUUUAUGCAAAAAUAUGCUGAUGCGGUUGUUCUAAUGGCAACUCGUUAUAAUAUAAUUCAACUUGAUCGAUUGCUACUUAUUCUAUUUCUUCGACCAUUGGAGGAAUCAAAAACACCUUAUGUUCAUAUUCUUUUCUAUUUUAUGAUUAAUUCUAAUACAUUAUCUGAAAUAAUUAAAGACUUUGGUAAUAUUGCAAGAAGUAUUUCCUGUGACAUUUGGAGUAUGAAAAAUUUUCAUGAAAAAUUUCAUUGUGAAUAUAUUAAGAAAAAUAAUGAACGCUUCUUUAUGGAAGGUCUUAUAAAAGACUAUUUACAACCAUCCGUUGAUCGAUAUUUGCCAACUUAUUACAGUAAUAUGUGUCUUCGUCUUUUACCUAUAUUUGAAUUAAUAAUUAAUCGAAUGUUUGAACAUAUGCCAAAUGCUCGUAUUGUUGAUACAGUUUUACCAAUAGCUCAAAAUUUAUUUCGUGCACAUGCUGCUCCAGUCACAUUUUUGUAUCAUACUUUAUUUGUAUAUGAAAAAAAAUUACGAGAAAAAUCAAACUUUCGUCAAUCACUUAUUAUUGGAACAAUUGGAAAUAUUUAUCAUAUGCGCAAAAUGGAAUGGUGUUUUUCAAAUAAUUUUACAUCUUAUUUAGAAAAUUAUCUUCGUCUUGAUGGAGAAAAAAGACAAUUACCGUCGCCUGUAUUCAAUUUACGUUAUGCUAUUGAUUUAUUGCAUAAACUUUUUAUUUUCCUUAACUCCAGUGCACCAAUUUAUGAGAAAAGUUCUUAUGAAUACAAUAUCGAUUGGCGUUAUAAUGAAUUUGCAAAUCCAUCGUUACAAUUGAUACAUUGUUUAGCUAUUGAAAUAUUCUUUUAUACGGGACAAGAAAAUUUUAAUCCAUGGAAAUUAUUUGCUGAACCAUUUAUAACUGCAGAUGUUUUAAUUCCUCGAACACAUUUUUUGAAGUAUCUUAAUGCUAUGGGUCUUCUUUUUUCGGCUUUACCUGAAUAUUAUUGGUCUCAAUUAUUCGAACGAAUGUAUCAAAUAUUUGAACAUCCACUUUUAUUACGUUGUUCACCAACCGAUAUAAUGGAUUUACUUAAUUUUCGUGAACGAUUUUGUACACAUACAGAAAAUAUGGUCUGCUGUUUUGUAGCUGUUGUUCAUUCCAUAUGGCUUCAUGGUAGUAUAAGUCAUUUACAACCAUUCCUUCAUUUGGUUCAAACACAACUUUUACAAACAAUAAAAACUGAAAAUCAAUUAUUAUUAGCAUUUCAAUUAAUUGGUCCUUUUCUUCAACGUAUACAAACUGAAUCAACAAAAUUAUUACUUGAAUUUGUUAUUGUGCCCUAUGAUCUUAUUGCACGUGUUGAUAAUCAUCAACAAUCAUUUAUAAAUGUUGAUACAAUAGCCAAUUUUCUUUAUCAUAUUAAAUAUAUUGUUGUUGGUGAUGCAAUACGUGAUCGCAUUGAAACAGUUGUUAAUAAUCUUCAUUGUGAAAAACUUCGUUCACGUCUUCAUUUUCUUUGCGCUAAAACAGACGUUUCAUCAUCAAUACAUUCUCAAGGAUCUACAGCAGCUGCAACACCAUCAUCAACAACAACAACCGAUACAUCAAAUGCAAACGUACCUAGUCAUGGACAAAUAAAAUCAGCAACAUCUACAAUGCAAAUGCAAUAUACAACAGCAUCAAUGCAAGCCCAACCAUAUGGUGUACCAUCACAAAAUAUUCAACAAAAUUUUCAAUUAACAACUAAUAUGACUAAUGCUAUGGGAUCGGAUGGAACUCCACAACAACGAUAG